AGUCGUUAUCGUUCACACAGAAACUCGCCUUCUUGCUUUGUCGAACUGUAGUACGAAAGCAUCAUUGUAAACGGUCCUAGUGGCGGCGCGCCGCUGGAUGAUACGCGGUUGUGAUUCAUUUUGUGAUGCGGAAAUGUAAAAGUUUCGCAUUGAGAAGAAAAAAAUCAACAUUGACUAGCGUACAUCGUUAGUCAAAGAAAAGGAAACAAAACGGAUCGUGCGAUUUCGUCGAGAGUUUCUGUCAAGAUAAAUGUGAAACACGAUGACACUCGUGGUUUGAGCAAAGAUCUCGAUCUCGUGUGUGCAGCCUGCCAGUCGCGACAUGGCGGGUUUUCGAGACGAGGAUAAGGCUCUAUUUCCUAUUCAGAGCAUCUCCUCGAUUGUACGAAUCUUCCAAAAUCAAUUACAAAAUAGCUCAGAACCGGACUUGGCUUUACUCUCAAUUCUCGUCGGCGCAGUUGAAAAUUCCCUAACCUGUAAUCGAACAUUUGCGUCGCAGGAGACCACUGUUUAUGACGAACCGAAAUUACCGGCCGUUGAGUUUCACAUUGCUGAAGCUCUUUACACCAAGUUUCAUGCAGUGAUUAAGGGUGCAGUUGAUCUUACAGUUUAUGAUACGAAAUAUGCAACUCGAGAGCUCGUUAAAAAAGUGUCAGAUGUUAUUUGGAACUCUCUUACCAGAAGCUACUACAAAGAUCGCGCACAUUUACAAAGUCUCUACAGCUACCUCACGUCAAAUAAAUUAGAUUGUUUCGGAGUAGCCUUUGCAGUGGUUGCUGGUUGUCAAGUGUUGGGAUUUAAAGAUGUACAUUUGGCUAUGUCUGAAGAUCAUGCUUGGGUAGUUUAUGGUGAAAAUGGAACUGAAACUGCUGAAGUUACUUGGCAUGGAAAAGGAAAUGAGGAUAAACGUGGUCAACCAGUUGAACCUGGAGUAGCUUCUCGAUCAUGGUUAUAUGUGAAUGGACAAGCUGUUGUAUGUUCUAGAGCUAUGGAAGUUGCUACUAUAGUAUCUGCUAUAAAUCCUAGUUUAAGUGCAACUUCAGAUGCAGCUGAAGUUGCAUUACUUCAACAGGAAUUAUUAUGGUUAUUAUACGAUUUGGGUCAUCUUGCUAAAUAUCCUAUGGCUCUUGGUAAUCUUGGAGAUCUUGAAGAAGCAGCACCAACUCCAGGCAGGCCUCCUGCUAUAGAUCUCUUUCAGGAAGCAAUUCGUUCGGCAAGGAAAUAUUAUGGAAAUGCUCAUGUCUAUCCAUAUACUUAUCAAGGCGGUUAUUUAUAUAGGCAUGGAUUACAUGCCAACGCGUUGUCAUCAUGGGCAGAUGCAGCAGAUGUUUUAAGAAAGUAUGACUAUUCAAGAGAUGAUGGAGAAAUAUACAAAGAAUUAUUAGAAAUAGCAAACGAACUUAUACCGCAUACGGUACGAGCUGACGAACGUUUGUUACGACAACCACGUUGUUUUGCUUAUUUGUUGAGGUUUUACGAUGGUAUUUGUCAAUGGGAAGAAGGAGCGAACACACCCGUUUUACACAUAGGAUGGGCACGACCGUUGGUAAACACUAUUUCAAAAUUUGAUGCCAGUAUCCGCGCUCAGGUAAUUAUCGAGUGUUACGAUGUAGAAGCGAAACAGGAAGAGGAGAAAUCACAAAAGAGAGAGACCAGUCCAGAAGAAACAUUAAACAAUAAUAACAACAAUUAUUGUAAGACUAAAGAAAGAGGCAAUGCAGCCCGCGAUUUGAUCAAAAGUUUAGAAUCAAAAGUACCGUCUAAUCCAGCACCGAUGCAUCCUAGUAUUCAAGCGUUGACAGCAGCAUGUAGCGAAAAGAUACUUAACAGAGAUUAUCUAUUACAAGGUGGCGGAGAACCUUUCGUUGCUCCGUCAGAUGGUACUUUGCCUCCCGCACCCUCCACUUCUCAGGAAAAUCUUGAUCCUGAGGACGAAACCGAUUCUGAACACGAAAGACCAAGGAUAACAUUAUACAGUCAGAAGAUGAAAGGUUUAAAGGACUUGCUGCUGGCUGAGAAAUUGAACACACAUGCGAUUUCAUUGCAAUUAACCGCACAGAGCCAGGUACAAAUUGGCAAAAAAUCUCGUGGUACCGAUGAGGUUGGAGUUAGUCAGCGUCCAAAGAGGACACGUCGCGAAUAGUAUAAGAUUUUCGACCGACGUUUCGGUAUCGUAAAAUAUUGAACAGCAGUAGUGCCACUGGAUUCGUUUAGGUCGGAAAAGUCCGUAACGUGCGAAUGCAUGUACUGAAAUGUAUUCCAUGUAUCGUUGAAAUCUCAAUCUUUUCUCACGGUUUCUUUCUGUUUUGAGUGAAUUUCUGAUUCAAGAUUCUCGCAUAUUCGUGGAUUUGUUGGGAUAUGCAGAUGACACGAUGAUGAAUUUGUUUCCGUUUAAACUAUCUCUCGUGCGUUUUUGUUUCGCGGAACGAUUCCGACGCUCGAUCAUCGCGCGAAUCCUUACGAAAUACGUUCGCGUGAUCCUUGGGACGUAUUAUCGUCAUUAGAUGUAAGUGAAAAGUAGAUGCGAAAAAAUUUAUAGAAGAGUACAAAAAGAUUUUCUCGAUUUUAAGUUAAAUAUCGAAAUCGUGAGUGCUUGCGUUUUGUAUUUUCGCGAUGAAGAUAUAUUUACGUGUAAAAAAAUGUCUUUUCUCUUCCACGGUACGUAGAGCUGUGAGUAUAUGUAUAUGUAUAUGGGUCGGGGGAGGAUGAAAUAAUGGGAAAGAGAAUGUGGGGCCAGAUGGUCGUUGGGCGGAAAUAGAAAGACGAAUCGAACAAUGUACCUAAUGUAUCUUCGCGAGGAGAUCAGAUUCUCAGCACAGUUAUUUAUUCUACGACAAGUAACGACAAUUAUCGACGGAAUCGAUCAGUUUCGAUCUCGUCUUUUAUCCUAUUUCUAAUCUCUUGUUGCACCCUUAUUUAUUGACCCACGUGUUUUUAUCGAACUGUCGCACUUCGAAUUAUUACAACUAACAAGUUGUCGUUAAUGUUUUUUACACGGUAGUUAAACCUUCUGUUAGACGUACGCUUUUACAAUCUAGUAAGAGAGACCACACAUUCCACUCCGUACGUGGUGCAAACUAAUUAAGUUUUUACCUAAGGUAUUUUAAGCAUAAAAUGCUCGCUUAUUUUUAUAACUAUUUAUUUUCAGAGUAAUUAUAAGUAUCUACUAUUAGAAUUAUUCUUUCGCCACUCGAUAGAUAGAACAGAUCAAACGUAGAUAGUCUACCGAAACGUAGUACACAAUAUUGGACAUUAUAAUUCGUGUGUUUCACAGUAUAUCAUGGAAUAAAUUACGUUAAGUUUCGAUCGCGAAAAUAGGAAACGAUACGUAUUUGUUACGUACGAAGUUCCUCCAUGUUUUUCGCGGCAACGUACAAAUAAUUUUUUCUUCCGAAAUAAGUAUUGUUUAUCGCUGAAAAGAACUCUCGCGUAGCGGCACAGAGGCAAGAGGGGCUCUUCGCCUAUCCCCACUCUUAACGUUCUUGGAGACCACGCGUUUAGUCUCCUAAUAUCGCACACUACAGAGUUUCCCCUUAACUAUUAAAAAUUGUGAAUAGGAUUGUAUAAAUAAGAUAUAAUUAUUUUCGAUUAUGGAAUUGAAGAGAUUGCAUUUCAUUCUUUCAAUAGAAUUGCUUUUCUCUGUCAAUCGAAUUGAUAUGUAUGUCCACGUUAAUAAAUAGUAGAAACGUAUUAGAAACGAAAAUUCGUGUCAAAAUAGGCGUUCCCCUUCCACUUUGACCAAUCAGAAACCGCAUUCCUCCCGCGGUAUUUCUUUUCAGCAGUGAACAGUACGCGUCACUCGUUUCCGUGUGUGUCAGAAACUGAAGGAGAAGAACUGUUGUCAAUUGUUUUUUCUCGGCACGUUUGUUUUUUUCAAUUACGGAUUAUUACGUUAUACCGCUUUAUUGCCCUUCAAUUUGGUCACAGUAUUUUGCAAAAGAAUAUCGAUACACGCUGGUACGUACGCGUGAUACUAGGCGGAGUCAUUGAUUAAUCGCUUUUAUCGAGCACACAGUACCUUUCUACGAUUUUAUUUCUCCAAUGCUUAUCCCUGUGUACAGGUGUACUUUUAUGAACACGAUACGAAUCGAAUACUAUAAUAAGAAUAAUUGCAUCGAUUGUCGAUGCGAAAAGAAAUUAUUCAAUGAUGUUUAGACGGAUUGUUGUAAUGUAUGUUGUUAACUGGAAUGAAUAUAAAACACAGGUCCGAAACACAGAUCGAGGAUCACUUAAAUAAUGAAGGGCGCUAUCUUACUGUGAUGCUGAAUAUAUAUUAUACAUAUAUACAUAAAUAUAUGUAUGUUUGUGCGUAUGUGUUUAUCCAUAUACACACAUGCACACAUUCGCACAUAUAUGUAUAUAUAUACACAUAAUUAUACAAUUAAUACUUGUAGUAUUAUAAUUAACGGAUGACUUGGCGCCGGUAAGGUUUCACUCUCGAGCUUGAAAUCUUGUAUUUGCGGUGCCGAAUUGUAAUUUUUAUUAAAAAAAAAAAAAAAAAAGAAAAAAAAAGGCUACAUAAACGAGAGUAGAUACGAGAGAGAAAGAUUGAAAGAGAAAAACGAGGGAUAAAGUUCGUUGAAUCCGUAUCGCUCGCAUAUCAUAAUUGACAAACGUUUUUAAACGUUUUUAGAUAUCAGCGAUCAUAUUGACGAUUGACUUGUUGUUACGUAUUUGUCUCCUGAAUAUGUGGCACUUUAACGAACCGUUAUUUUUACGGUAUUGCGAUUAACAAUUGUCAAAAAAAUUACGAAAGAAAAUGGCGAAGGAGAGUAGCGUGCGCGUUUCAAGUAUACGCAGUUCUUGUAUGUACGAGGUGGCUGAUUUUUUUAUUAUAAUCGGAUUGUAUGUUUUUCAAAUAAGAAUACAAUUUUGUAAUUUUUUUUUUUUUUUUCCUUUUUUUGUUUAAUCAUGCUCAAGUCACCGAAGUUUUUCACGAAUCGAUUAUAUCGAUUUUAUCAUUGUGUUUACGAGAAAAUUUUUCAUUUUGAUUCAAGAAUCGAGAAAUCAGAAGGGAAAAGAAGUAAUAUACAUGCAAACGGUAUUGGAAUUUAGAAAAAAAAAAUACUCUUGUUAUAUCGUACCGUGUGCAGUGUUUUCUUAUUUUUUUUCUUUUUUUCUUUUCCUAUUUUCUUAACUGCGAUAACGAAAGAUUCGAAAAGACUACAGGGAUUAUUAUUAUGCAUAAAAAAAAAUAAUAGGAAUAGUUGGAGAAGAAAUGGUGCAGAACAGAACAGUAUUUUUGUAUUAGCUAUGUCGCACAGAGGUAUACUCUCUCUCUCUCUCCGAAAUAUUAUUCGUAAUAUUCAAAGAGUUUGGGGAUCAAAGUUUUUGCAAUAUAUCCGUUUCAGUGUCACGGUAACGGUUACCGCGUGCUCGAAGGAACUGAAAUUUGAGAAGCGACGCGUCAACAAAGAAGCGAGAGAAAAGUAAUUGUGAAAAGAGAUAGGGAAACGACGAAAUGGAUAAUCGAAAAGUAUAACGUCGAGAAAAGGAAGGAAAUUGACGAAGCGUUCCGCUGCUGAUCACGUCUUCGUCCAUUUUUAUUUUCCAUUGGCAAUGUGGACGCGUGACACGAUGAUUUUCCAUUCCCGUUUAUUCAGAAACGAAGGAAACACACUUGUACACAUGCUGCAUUAACCUCCGCCUCUGUUCGUGUUUUGCUACGCUGCCGCGUAUCGGCUCGACUGAGAACGAAUCGAGAACAACGCUGUUCGCUGUUCCGUCUCGUCAUCUCAAUGUACAUUCUGCACUGGAAUUUCUCUCUGCUUCUUUCGGGUUUCCUCGACCCCUCUUCCCUCCUUGAUUGAAUAAUUGUCAAAGAAUCGCGCGUCAAUCUUGUCGUCAAAUGUUGUACGAUUAGUUUUAGAUUUCUCUCCGCUUUCUUUCCACUGGAAAGUAGCAAAAUAUUGAAGAAUAUAGAAGAAGAGACGGGUGAUAGCGUAAGUUUAUUCUUCCUCGAUAUAUAAAAUCGAUAUCUUCGUGUUUAGUGCCAUAAUAACGCCAGGAGAACGACUCGUCGCUAUAUAUUUUUCGUCCUGUCGUUAUUUCUCUCAUCGUUGUCUCGUUACAUACUACUGAUCGAAGCUUAUCGGGCACGGAGAAGUAAAACGAAAGGAGGAGGGGAAAUAUUUGUUUUUUAAGAGAACCACGUUAUCGAGAGACCGUGUAUAUUGCAUAUUGUGCUCGAUGAAACGAGAUCAAACGAAUCGUAAAUAUUUUCAAUUCGAUUAUGACGGGGAACGCGGAAGAACGCAACGAAGAGGAUUUCGCGUGGAUUUCGUGCUCGAUUUCUCCGAUAAACGAAGCGAGCCUCUCUUGCUUACUUUUUAUCCAUCGAGUUUUAUUUUUACUGCGCGCGACUAGGGGACGCUGCGCUCCGUUAACACGAAAACGGUAAAAUCAAUUUGAAAGAUUGAAUCGCACUACUAAGCUAAUCACGUUUGCCGCGCAUAUUUACAUAUAUUUACGUAAGAGUACUUAAGAAGCGAAUGAAUCGUCGAAAGAUAUCUUGAUACGUAAUGCCAUUCGUCGAGAUUAGAUUUAGAAAAGUAUCGAGGAUGUAAUGUCAGUGGGACGAGGCGAGGCGGGAUAAGGUACGACAUACGUGAGGCAGAUGAGCGGAGGAGGAAUUAAAAAAAAAAAAAAAAAGGAAAAUUAUCAAACCGUGCCUGUAUAAGGCGUUUCAACGUGUUUGGAAUUCGAGCAUCGUGACGAAAUUUAGCCGUGAGUCGAGCAGACCGGCUAAUUGUAAGCGGAUAGCGCGAUACGACACCUCGUUCACCUUCGUACGAAUUUCGUAAGGCGGAAAGGGACGGUCACGAUUCAUCGCUUCCCGACGUGUACGAUGAUCGUGUAUUAUCGCGCGAGAUUGCGGUUACUUUUUUUUUUUUUUUCUCCCCUUCAGACAGACGGGUAUUCUGAUAUAAAUAUUACGCACGCAUGUAUAUAAAUAUACAUACAAUAUAAAUAAAUAAAAUAAAAUAAAAAAAAAAAGAAAAAAAACAGAAUCUGUUACAAGCUGUUUAAAGAGCGAAUUAUCGUAAAAAGAAAAAGAAUUUUACCGUAGAUUAUAUGGUCGGAAUAUAAUCUGUAUUGUUCACCUCGACGUUCUACGUUCAUGAUACACAAACGCGCGCGUUUAGCGCACGUUUCCGUUGAUCCCGAACAGGAAAAGAGUGUAAUCACAGCUAUUGUUAACCCGAUACAGAACGGUGAGUUUUCAGGCAUCGUGAAAAUGUCUUGUUUUUUUUUUCCUGUGAAUUACAAUAAACUAUUUUAUUCUA